AUGGUCGAGAGUCGAGCUCCGACAGUUACACAGAGCGGUAGUAUUACCUCAUCAGAAGCUCAAAGGAACAUAUCGAACGACGAUGAUACGAUUACAGCUGCCUUGGAUGACCCAUACGCUCUUCGAGACUCCAAGAGAGCGGAUGUCACAAGGAAAUCGAUUCUCAUUGACUAUCCCCAUGGAAAAAGCAGAAAGAUCAAGAAAUAUUACAACCGGCAGAAUGCACUCAUCGACUCCUACCUUGGGAGUGCUGAUGAGGAAGCUCUUGAGCAUGAAGAUGCUCUGAAGAAUGGAGGCAAAGUUAAAUUUGCCAUCUAUGGAUCAUCGACUGUAAACUUCUUCUUGUUCAUCAUUCAGCUGUAUGCAGCUGUUAGCACUGGCUCACUGUCGCUGUUUGGUACUGCAGCCGAUGCUUUCAUGGAUCUCGUAAGCUCGAUCGUGAUGCUCAUCACGUCGAGGCUGGCUUCCAAGCCUAAUAUCAAAAAGUUCCCCGUGGGUCGUAAAAGAGUUGAGACUGUAGGCAUAAUCCUCUUCUGUGCACUUAUGACCACUGUCGCUGUGGAGCUUAUAGUCGAAUCAGCGAGAAGUUUGGGUGAUGGUCCACGGAACGAUGACUCUCUCAAGAUCAUCCCUCUCAUCUUCGUUGGCAUUGCCAUCUUUUCCAAAGGAUGCAUGUUCAUUUAUUGCUUCCUCCUUCGUCGAUAUCCAGCAGCAGCUAUCUUCAUGCAAGAUCAUCGAAAUGAUAUCGUCGUCAACGUCUUCGGUUUGAUCAUGUCAAUCGUCGGGACGCACUUCAAAAAGGUUUGGUUCUUAGAUCCUGCAGGAGCCAUUUGCAUUGCAUGCUUGAUCCUCUUCUCAUGGGCUUCGACUGCCUUCGAACAUAUGUGGUAUUUGGUUGGCAAGACAGCACCACAAGACUUUCUGAACAAGCUGGUGUACGUGUCGGUAACUCACGAUCCCAAGAUCUUGAAGAUCGAUACAGCACGAGCAUAUCAUGCAGGUGACAAAUACUAUGUCGAGGUUGACGUCAUUAUGGGCCAAGAAGAGAAGUUGAAGACAACACACGAUGUAGCAGAACGCCUGCAGCGGAAGCUUGAAGGCCUCGCUGAUGUUGAGAGAGCCUUCGUCCACGUCGAUUAUGAUGGUAUCCACGACAUUACCGAGGAGCACAAGCCUCUAUACUCUCCUCAAGAGGUCAAGGCUCCUCUCCUGGAGCGGAUGAAGGAGAAGCUGCCUUUCAAGCAUAGAGUGAGAGAAGUUCCUGAUGGUGGGAGCGUCUAAUCGACGGAUCUCGUAUGUCGACAAAAUAGCAAGUUUUCUCUCGAUGUCUGUAAUUGUAUCGUCCGUAUGUUUUGUACUAGCAUUGUCGGUUUCAGAAAAGCAUAAUAUACAAGUUCCAGUUUGACAAUGCUCAGUCACGUGAGACUGGCUCUGAACCCGCUAGAAACGUUGCAUGUGUUGUGCAAGGUCGCGACGUGUAAGUCAUCGGACAAUGUCAUACAUCAGAACCCAUCGCCCUCAAAAGAUCUGUUGCUGAUCUUGUGAGAUGAAAAGUAUGCAGAAGAGAAAAGAU